UACAUCUGGCAACUCAUAAUACAAAUACACAUAAUUGUCACUUUUUUCAUUUAUACGAAAGAAAAGUUAAAAAGAGAAAACGAGAAAAACUGCAUAUAAAAAAGGUUUUUCUUCGUUUUUAAUAAAAUAUUUCGAUAUUUUAUUAAAACUAAAUAUUUGCAUUACAAAUUUCAUUGUUUAUACUUUUCAUAUACAUCUGUAGAACGUAGUUUUGUUAAAAAUUGACGCGAAUAAAAAGUGAUUAUUAACUUUGUAAAAAACUGCUCGCAUUACUUUUCAGUGGGGCUGAGUAGUAGAAAAGAAGUUGAAAGAAAACAUGAAGAUGGCUGACGGCACAACCAUUGUACGUAGAAAUAGACCAGGAACUAAGGCGAAGGACUUUUGUCGUUGGCCCGAUGAGCCCUUGGAGGAAAUGGACAGCACAUUGGCUGUACAACAGUAUAUACAGCAAUUGAUUAAAAGGGAUCCCUCAAAUGUGGAACUCAUAUUAACUAUGCCAGAGGCUCAAGAUGAGGGUGUUUGGAAAUAUGAACAUUUAAGGCAAUUUUGCAUGGAAUUAAAUGGUCUUGCAGUACGUUUGCAAAAACAAUGUUCUCCCUCUACUUGCACCCAAAUGACUGCCACCGAUCAAUGGAUAUUUUUAUGUGCUGCUCAUAAAACACCAAAAGAAUGUCCUGCCAUUGAUUAUACCCGUCAUACAUUAGACGGCGCAGCUUGUCUACUCAAUAGCAAUAAAUAUUUUCCAAGUCGAGUUUCAAUAAAAGAAUCAUCGGUAACUAAAUUGGGUUCGGUGUGUCGUCGUGUCUAUAGAAUUUUUUCUCAUGCUUAUUUUCAUCAUCGGCGUAUAUUUGAUGAAUUCGAAGCAGAGACUUAUCUCUGUCAUCGGUUUACACAUUUCGUAACAAAAUACAAUCUCAUGUCAAAGGAAAAUCUAAUUGUACCCAUCAAUGAAGAGGCUGAAAAUGCAGCGCCCGGCGAAAGUGAAGCCUAAAAACAAUUCGAAUAUUUUUUGGAAUAAUUUCAAUAAACAACAACAAAAUUAAACAUCUUAAAGGAUAAAAACAAUAAUAGAAAGGUAAAAAUGUAAGAAGCGCUGGAGCGCCUUAAGCAACAGUUGAGAAAAAAAAAAAAAAGAAAAACAAAAACACUGCAAAUGAAAUGUAGAAGUAUUUAUUAAAGAAAAGAAAAAAAAUCACACUAUACAACACACAAAUCUACAAAAUAAAAUCAUUGUAAGAGAUUCAUUAAAUUAAUAAAAUAAAUAAUAAACACCAACCAAUAUAAAAACAAACUCUCCCCUAUUAUUAAAACUAUUAUAUAAACAUAAAAAUUGCAAAAAAAAAAAAAAAAAAAAAAAAAA